AUGUCUUCCCGGCGAGCCCCCCUCACGAGCAACCCGAAUGUCGUCAACUCGCCGCUACGGGCACCGUCGGCACUGGCCGCUUGUGCCAAGCAGAAACGGUCGUACGCUCACGUCCAGCGUGAGGAGUCCUACGGCCAGCCGCCGCCGGUGAAGAAGCAAGCCGUCGACAAUGGCUCUUGCCGUCCGCUCCGAUCCCCCGCCAAGGCGACGACGACGACGAACUCGUCCCGCACUCAGGUGCUCGCACAGCGAGGGGCGGGAAACCGCACGUCGACGGUCACGGCCUCGAGGGAACGCGUCUCGAGACCCCCCGCGGCCACGCAAUCGGCCAGGUCCGGACAAGAAGUCGAUACGGAAAAGGACCUAUGGCGGAAACACUACAGGGCCAAGUUCCCAAAGAUGGUCUUUUACUUUGAAAGCAUCCCCGACGAUGUCCGGGCCAAGUUGACGAAGCGGGUCACCUUCUUCGGCGCUCGCCAAGAGCCUUUCUUCUCUAUCGACGUCACGCACGUAAUCACCACGCGAGCGGUUCCUCCCGAGCGAACGGAGAUGGCGGCCGAGCCCGGCGCGGAACCGGCUGCGGAACAGUCCUCGCAGCAGGCUCUGCAGCAGGACGACCUCGAGGAACAGCCGCAGACGAUCAACCCGUCGCUGCUGGACAGGAACACGGCUGCCCGGAGGAAGCUGCUGUAUGAUUUUCGGCAGGCUUCCGUCUCGUCGCAGCAGCUGGGGGAUCCUGCCAGACGGCAGAAGGCCCGCAACAACGACGUUCUGCACAAGGCACGAGAGAUGGGCAAGAAGAUUUGGUCGCUGGAAAAAUUUCAAACCAUGCUGUCGGUCCUCCUGGAAGCCGAGGGCCACCAGGGCGGCCACGCCACUCGCAGCGCCAGCGUCCGCAACCACUACGGCGUGUCGAAGGCCUCGCAGGAGCCGAACCUCUUUCAGCUCCUGUACAACGAGCGCAUCAACGGCCCUUCCGACCGAGACCCGACGGCCGUCAGCAGGGAGCUGGUAUACUUCAAAGGUCCAUUCAUCCACAUCUGGGACAUGGACGAGAAGCAGAAGCCGGUUCUGGUUCGCGAAUACCUCAAAGUUGCGAGCAAGCAGGAUGGCGAUUGGCCACAGUUCCGAAGCGUCGGGAACGGGCGCUGCCCAUUCGUCGAGGAAGUUGACGUUCCCACCAAGGAGCAACGAAAGCUGCGCGAACGCGAAAAGGCGCAGGCUGCGGCGGCGGCGGCGGCGGCGGCGGCAUCCAUCAGGAAGGAAGAAUCGCCUGUGCCGAUCCUCAAGCCUCCUCAGAUCCCGACGACCAAACCGUUCCCCGGCAAGCGGACGUUGACGGAGAUGGAAGAUGGCCAGAACAAGCUGAUCCGAGCCGCCACGCAGAGAGAGUUGUUCAACGGCGACAAGGCCAUGGACUCGCGGCCGCAAAACGCCUUCAUCAGCCGCGCCGAGGGCGGUCGACUUUUUGCCGGCGAGCCUGUGGCGUCCGGCAUGCAGCCGUCCAACGUGACGUCGGCGAUCCGCUCGCAGAUGAUCUCGUCCACGUCUGGCAAGAACGGCGUCAAGGCAGGCACCAGCAAGGAGAUGCACGGUCUUCAGCGGAAGGUGCUGCAGAAGGCUGCCCCCGCAUCCCAGGACCCGAGCUCGCGACGGCUGGCCGAGGUCUCGAUGGACGUUGCAUCUAGUCGAUCGACGACUCUAAGCCGACAGACGUCCAAGGCUGUCCAGGGCCAGGACGACGACUCGCAGCGGAACGAGGCCAAGGACAAGAGGUCGCAGUGCCAAGCGCUCAAGAGCAAGAAGGACCUCAAGCCCGGGUAUUGCGAGAAUUGCCAGGAUAAAUUUAGGGAUUUUGACGAGCACAUCAUGUCCCGAAAGCACCGCAAAUUCGCCGACAACGUCGACAACUGGACCGAACUUGAUCAUCUGCUGCAGCAGCUACGAAGGAUGCCGAAAUACCCCGUCGCCGAUUCCGAGGACGAUGAGAGAUGGUGA